AACAAAUAACAGUCCACCAAACAAGCCAAAAUGGACAGACAAACCAAACUUUUUUCUCGUUAACUACUCAUUUUAUAUACUCUGUAACGCCUCAAAAGAACACACAUUCACACAAUCAAAGAUACUCUCAAUCAAAUAACCAUGGCAACAAAACCAACCUUUACUCUCUUUUUCUUGUUUUCCUUAUUCGUUUCUAUACUCUCAACAACCAUAGCACAUCACCCUCCAAACUCCAAGCACUCUAAAUCCACCUCAAAUUUCAUACGGUCAUCCUGUCUUGCAACUCAGUAUCCUCCACUAUGCUACCAUUGCCUUUCACGCUAUGCUAGCAAGAUUGGCCGAAGCCAUCGCCAACUAGCGCUAACCGCCUUAGCGGCUAGCUUAUCUAGGGCUAGAUCAGCUGCUCGAUUUGCUUCCCGAAUGAAAAAGGCCAAGGGGAUCAAACAUACAGAGUUAGAAGUAGUUAAAGAUUGUAUUGAUACUAUGAGUGAUGGUGUGGAUCAGCUGACACGUUCUUUCGGGGAGCUUGCGAAUUCGGGUUACACCAAUGGCGAGGAUUUUAUGUGGCAUAUGAAUAAUGUUCAGACUUGGGUUAGUGCUGCGUUAACUGAUGCGACUACUUGUGUUGAUGGGUUAUCUGAUGGGUAUGGAAAAAGUGGGAAAGUUAAGAGUGCUAUUCAAAGGAGAGUUAAUAAUGUUGCGCAACUUACUAGUAAUGCUCUUGCUUUGGUAAAUCGUUUUGUUGCUAGGAGUGAAUUUACCAAUAAUAUCAAACAUCGUUGAAGUUUUGGAUCUACAUAAAUUUAAGGAUGUUUUUUAUUUGUGUUUUGUUUUUUGGGAGUAAUGUGUGGGCUGUGAAGUACAAAAGGGGUAGUGACUGAGCUCUGUUGACGGUCUUAACGGCCCGUUGUUAUAAGGUAAUAAAUUAUAGUAAUGGUAAUCAAAUCAUAUGUAAUUUUGCAUUGUAUUGAUGUCAAUGGUCACGUUUAACUUGUGAUUUUCUCCAAAAAUUUUCCAAACUUGCGGUGUUGAGUGGGAAUUAAGAUUUGUGAAAAUCACAUGUACUUUGAAAAAGAUUCUGAUACUAAGGUAAUGAGUGUAGAACGAAGUUUUCUUGUAAAUCA